AUGCCGCCCACGGCGUCGGACUUGAGGGAUGGGGCGGGGGAGGAGGUGCUGUCGGUUGCGGGGCUACCCGCGCCGAGCGGCAAGGCGGCAGGGGUCGAUCAGGGGGGUCUCGGGCGCGUGUCGGAGGCGCUUGGGAUGGAUGCAGCAGGUGGAGUAGGGCCUAAUGUGCCCGUUUACGAGGGACUGGACCAAUGCUUGGAGGAAAGUUUGCAGAAGCCCCCAUUCAUACCAGACAGCCGGUACUUCAGUCCACGCUAUGCGGAUGGCAGCCGCACGCGGGAGUCAGGGCCGGCAACAGUAACAGACUGCCCAAACAGCAGUGCGCCUCAGUUUGCAAAUUGGCAAGGCUGUUCUGAAGCGAGGCAUAGAACAGGGCCCCAGUUGCGCAGCAUCAGAACUUGGUCGGGGAGCAAGGGAAGGGCCCCUCAGCGCCCAGAACGGAUCCUUACAAGCAGCCUGGGGUCUCCCACAGAGGAUUCGGCAUCAUUGAAUGUCCCUUUGCUAGGGGGCAUCCAUCCUUCAGAAGGGAGUGUCCCAGGCAGCUGGAAAGAAAGGCCGAGUGAGUACCCAGCAACAAGACUCUUGCCUGGACGCUGCUCAGCAACGCCUAGAGAGGGGGAGCUUCCCCCAGGAGGGAAAGCUACAGAGUCGCUUGAUUUUGAAACUGUGCAGAACACUGUUCUUCUCAAUCGAUUGUCGAAGGAAGGGGAAAAGGAGAGGCGCUUUUAUGGCUACACGGGGAGGACGUUUGUGAAAUUCGUCAUAACGAUUGUGGCUGGUGUGCUCAUCGGGCUGACAGCCAUCGCCAUAUCAACCAUGUCAAAGAACAUGAUAGCAUGGAAGAACAGGGUUGUCAUGUCCCUCUGCGACCUCACAUCGAACCAGGGACUGAUGGCUGCUGUGGCGUUUCACACCUUUUACAGUGUGGGGCUCAUCUUGUUGGCGGUUUUCAUGGUGCAAUUUUGGGCACCAGAAGCCGCUGGUGCAGGGGUAUCCCUGGUCAUGGCCUACCUCAAUGGCUCACAUGUGCCUAAUUUGUUUCGUUUGCCCACGCUUAUCACGAAAUUUGUGGGCACAAUUUGUGCCCUGUCGGCCAAUCUAUUCUUGGGACCUGAAGGGCCCAUGGUGCACAUUGGAGCGGCUAUUACAUCGGCGAUGACCUACCCCAUGUCAUGCUGCAAGCAUCAUCGGACCAAACCGGCGAAGCUGUACAUAUCUGCUGAGCCCAUGCGACCGAACAGGGAGCAAACAUCGUUUCUCACAGAGACCCAAGUAAUGGAAACCGACCUGUUCUUACGGACCUGGUCGAAGUUCAGCAACUUCGUGAUGGAGCUGUAUACAGACCUGGACCGGCGCGACCUGCUGUCUGCUGGUGCUGGAUCUGGGAUAGCAGCUGCUUUUGGGGCCCCGAUUGGAGGGGUGCUGUUUGCAAUGGAAGAGGCAGCUACUUACUGGUCUAAGAAGGUUGCCUGGCGGUGCUUCCUGUGUUGUGUUGCGGCUGUCUGCAGCAUCAACAUCGUGCAUGCGUUUGUUGGCCCACGUUGCAGCCCUGGCGAGAGGUCUGUUGCAUGCACCACAGGCAAGGUCGGUAUGCUGUCCUUUGAGAAGGGAGCGGACCUGGAGGAGGGCGACUGGCUGCGGCAGACACCAUUCAUUCUUGGGAUAAGUAUUAUUGCGGGGCUCAUUGGGGUGGCUUUCAACUCGCUGAGGGUCAACCUGUGGCGGUUUCGUGCACCAGCUAAAAGGCACAUGCUUCGCAUGGCAGAGGCAAUGGCUGUUGCACUGAUAACAGUGGUUAUCAUGUUUGUUGUUUCUGGAGUGUGGGGGCGAUGCCGCAAAAUACUGGACAAGAGCUGGGAGGAGGAACACGCAUACCUGCAGUUCAAUUGUGAGAAGGGCCAGCACAAUGACCUGGCAUCAGCAUUCAUGGCCAGUCCAGAGGUCACCGUGAAGCGGCUGUUCAGCCUUGGCUCGAAUUAUGAGCAACAGGAUAUGCACAAAAGUCAUGAGAAGACAGUCGAGUUCUACAACAGCCACUUUACCAUCGAGAGCCUGGCUAUUUUCGUCCCAUUCUAUCUAAUUGUGAUGAGCCUUGGCGCUGGAAUCGCCAUUCCAGGGGGGCUCUUCUUGCCAGCUAUCAUGGUGGGAGGAAUGAGUGGCGCGCUUUAUGGCCGGCUGAUGGGCACUCUUGCUGCUCAUUUUUUUGGCUACCUCAAGAUCCAACCUGGCUUCUAUGCCCUGCUGGGUGCCACUGGCUCACUCGCCUCAGUCUUCCGGUCGUCCAUAUCACUGGUGGUGAUUGUCAUCGAGGGCACCCGAAACAUUGACUACCUGUUUGGCGUCGUGUUGGCAGUCGUGGUGUCCAACUGGGUAGCGCACCAUGUCCACCAUGAUGGGAUAUACGAAAGUGAAGUUGAGCGUGCCGGCAAUGUGCACUUCCUGAAGCCAGAGCCCCCAAGAGCCCUCUUCUUCAAGACAGCAGAGACAGUCAUGGUGGCCAAUGUGCAAACUCUCAGGACAAUUGAGAAGGUCAGCCACGUACUCACAGUGCUUAGGGACACCACACAUAACGGCUUCCCGGUUGUUGAAAAGGAUACGCAGAGUGAUAGAAGAGCUGGCAGGCUGGAGGGUCUGAUACUCAGGAGCCAGCUGCUUGUCCUGUUGAGGAGAAGAGUAUUCUGCAGCUCAACUGGCAAGCCUGCGACGACAGUGGAUGAGGAAGCAAUCGACGCAGAAAUGAGGCAUUUUUAUUCCUUGCAGCACACGCACCACAGAUUUAUGGCAACCACAGAUAAGAUGGUGGAUGCUCUUGAGCUGGACUGGGUACAUGGCCUCCUCACCCCGAGGGCUGCUACAGAAGAACAGGGAGGUAAUGGGAGCUUCUUGGAGUCGCCCGUCCCAGCAGCAACGAUUGCAUCAAGCAGCUUCUUUCUCUCCCCUUUUGCUCAGUUGGCACCCCUUGGCGAAGCCCUGGCAGGGAACUUGUACAUGGACCUGCGGCCGUACAUGAACAGGGCGCCGCUCACAGUGCGGCAGGAGUGCUGUGCAGCACGGGCUUAUGAGGUGUUCACGUCGCUAGGGCUUCGUCACCUGUGCGUCGUGAACGAUCACAAUGAGGUCGCAGGGAUCAUCACGCGGAAGGACUUGGACCAUGCAUCUGGGUUGGGGUGGUGGCGCCACAACAAGAUGGCGCCUAGCCCUGAGAGGCAGCAAAGCAUUGCUGUGUCCGUUAGUCAGCUCAGGCUGACUCCAAGUCGCCGUCCAUCUGCCAACGACCUGGCCUCAGUUCACUCCGCUGAGUUCAUAUCCCGCAGUUCUGAGGUUGUGGAGGAUGGGCAGCAGCGUCCCAGGUCUGUCAUAUAG